CUUUAUUGUCCCUUCUGUGACCUCCAUCAGGCUUAAGACAUCUGUCAUCUCCAUGCAGACAAGACCCACAUCCCCAGCAACAUGAGGAAUCACACAGAGCUGACUGAGUUCAUUCUGCUGGGAAUACCUGAGACACAGGGACUGGAGAUUGUGCUCUUUGUCAUCUUCUUGUUCAUUUACCUUUUCACCCUGCUUGGAAACUUACUCAUCCUUACAGCAAUUAUCUCUUCCUCUGCCCUUCACACACCCAUGUAUUUCUUCUUGGGACUCCUCUCUAUUUUUGACAUGCUGUUCCCAUCUGUCACCUGCCCCAAGAUGCUGUUCUAUCUCUCUGGCCAGAGCCACGCCAUUUCUUAUCACGGAUGUGCCGCCCAGCUCUUCUUCUACCAUUUCCUGGGCUCCACAGAAGGGUGCCUCUACUCUGUGAUGGCUUAUGACCGCUUUGUUGCCAUCUGUCACCCACUGAGGUAUAAUCUCAUCAUGAGACCUGGGGUUUGUGUUGGUUUGGUCCUGGGAGCCUGGACUGUGGGAUGUCUAAAUGCCACUACCCUGACCUCCUUUACAUUUCGGCUAACAUACUGUGGCCCCAACCAGGUGGGCUACUUUUUCUGUGACAUUCCUGCUGUCUUACCCCUGGCUUGUGAUGACAGCUCCCUUGCCCAGAAAGUGUGUUCCACUAUUGUUGACAUUAUGGUUUUAAUGUUUUGGUUCACAGUUUGCAUCUCUUACACACGCAUCGGGAUUGCCAUUCUGAAAAUCCGUUCAGCAGAAGGCAGGAAGAAAGCUUUCUCCACCUGCAGUGCCCACCUCACUGCCAUCCUCUGUUCCCUUGGACCUGUAGUCAUCAUCUAUCUGCAGUCUACACCCAACCCCUUGCUUGGUUUUGUGGUACAAAUAUUAAAUAAUUAUGUGUCACCCAUGCUGAACUCAUUAAUCUACUCCUUAAGGAACAAGGAAGUGAAAAGAUCCCUGAAAAAAGUGUUCCACAGAAUAGUACUUAUUUCUCUGGAAUAA